AUGUGGACAGAAAUCUUGAAAGCAAGAGAGUUUGUAAAAGCUGGUGAUGUGUUGAAUAUUGGUUCUGGUGUAUGUAUGUACUUCUGGGAUGAUGUGUGGAUUGGAGAAUACCUUCUGAAGCAGCUCUUUCCUUCUCUCUUUGUUAUUGCAAGACAGAAAAAUGCUUUGGCAAGUGAAUUGAUAUCAUCCGAAGGUGCUUGGAUUUUAAAUUUCCCUAGGAAUUUAAAUGAUCAAGAGAUGUUGGAGUUGGAAAACUUAUUACAAAUUAUUGGUAACCCUUCUCGGCUUGUUAAUGAGGAUUCAAGACAAUGGCGCUAUGGAGAAGACUUUUCAGUAGCAAAUGCAUAUGCUGCGCUUGAGACUGGUGGUCUGUUAACCUUCCCUGACAAGCAUCUGUAUAACUCAAAGGUUCCAUAA